GGAGAGUGUGGCCAGUGCAUUUGGUACGAUGAGUGCGGCAUGAGCGAAAGAGGGAGCCUCAACUGCGCAUACAAUGGGACGGCAAAAUCCCUCACUGCAGAGGGAAUCAAGAUCCUUAACCAGACUUGUCCAGAACUUGUUAGAGAAUACAUAACUGAGGACGGGCAGCUAGACACGUGUUGCAACGACCGACAGGCACUAGCUCUCUCUCAGUCCCUUGGGAUGAUGAAGAUGUUCCUGGUACGGUGUCCUGCCUGCAUCAGAAACAUCCGCAUCCCCUUUUGCUACAUGACAUGUUCGCCACAUCAGUCGGAGUUCCUGGAGCCUGUGUCGUAUGUGCCUGCGACACACAGGGACAAGAAGGGACAACACAUGGUAGUAGAUAUGAAGUUCUACAUGUCAAAGGACUUCGUGGACAAAGUAUAUUCAUCAUGUCGUGAUGUUGUUUCCCCGUCCACAAAUGACCGAGUAAUGGGGCUAUUCUGUGGAGACUGGGGCGCCCCACGGUGUACAGGAGAGAGGCUGUUCAACUACUUGGGCAAUAAGGAAGUCAAUGUUUACACUCCCAUCAACAUCCAGUACCACUAUGUCAAAAGCACAGAGGAAGCGCCCGGGAACAUCAUCCCUCUCAAUGAAACAGCUCAGCCAUGUAAUACAGAUUUCGAGGGGAGCUUAGCAUGCUCGUGUGCUGAUUGCCAGAGCUCGUGCCCUAUCAUCCCAGACACAUGGGACGCCCCUGGAGAGCCUUGGAUCAUGUUUGGGUACGAUGGCCUUGCGGUGGCCAUGGCCCUCACAGCGGUGCUCUUUUCUGUCUCGUUCCUCGUGGUCUUUGCUUACUGCCACAAGCGCAAUAAGAGAUAUACAGCGGUGAUGGUGGAGCGUAGUAUGCGUCACCCUGAAGAGAUCAGAUCAGCAGUUGGCCGCCGUCUUGCACAUUUGUCAGAUCCUCAGGCUCAGUUUGCGGGUGAAGAUGAGAAUUCACUUCUUCAUGGACGGCCGACUGCAGACAUGCCAGAGGUCGUGAUGCAUGAUGAGCUCUCUUUCUCGGAACGGCUGACAAACUGGACACAGACAGCCGUCGAUCAAUUCUUCACAAAAUGGGGAACAUUGUGUGCAGGCCACCCAUGGAAAGUCAUGUGCAUCGGCUUGUGUGUGGCUGCGUCCCUCUGCGUUGGAAUCCUGUUCCUGCAGAUCACUACAGACCCUGUAGAUCUCUGGGCGUCACCCAACUCUCGCUCCAGGCUAGAGAAGAACUAUUAUGAUCAGAAUUUUGAGCCAUUCUACCGCACCGCCCAGAUCUUCAUCCGUCCAGUGGGGAUUGAGAGCUAUGAGGUAAACAACGAGACAUAUGGCCCAGUGUACAACAUGAGUUUCUUGAAGGAGGUGUUGCAACUUCAGAACUAUAUUGCAAAUGAGCUGCAAGCAGAGGUAGAUGGGGAAACGGUGACCCUGUAUGACAUCUGCAACAAGCCCAUGGCCCCAGAUAACCUCAACUGCAACAUCCAGUCGAUAUUGAAUUUCUGGCAGAAUGAUGAGACUGUAUUGAAUUCUUCGGAUAUUCACCAUGCAAAAUCAUGUAUUGGAAAUGCCUACCAGGAACACUGUAUGGGAUCCUAUGGAGGUCCUGUCCUACCCCAUGUAGCUCUCGGGGGUUUCUUAGCAAAGAACCAAACGCUCUCGGAAAAUCCCAACUACAUGCUGGCAGACACGCUUGUCAUCACCCUGCCCAUCAACAACUUCUUCAACACGUCCAUGCUGAAACCGGCUCUGGCUUGGGAAAAAGUGUUUAAUGAAUUCAUGCUCAACUACUCACACCCCAUGAUGGACAUUGCCUUCCGUUCGGAGCGCUCCAUUGAGGACGAGCUGGUUCGAAUGAGCAAGUCUGACCUGCCAACAGUCAUCAUCUCAUAUAUCAUCAUGUUCCUUUACAUUGCUUUGGCUUUGGGACACACCAACCACUGCAGUCGUCUCUUGAUUUCAACAAAAGUGACUCUGGGUCUCGGAGGAGUGCUGAUUGUCUUAGUUUCGGUGUUCUCAGCAGUUGGAUUUUAUGGAUACGUUGGAGUCCCGUGCACUAUGCUUAUCAUUGAGGUGAUCCCCUUCCUUGUGCUGGCUGUAGGAGUUGACAACAUCUUCAUCCUUGUGGAGGCGUAUGCCAGCCUUGACCGCACAGAAGAGGACACCAGAUCGCAGCUGAUUGGCCGUGCCGUGGGUUCUGUUGGUCCGUCCAUGCUCCUAUCAUCCAUCUCCCAGUCUUGCUGCUUCUUCUUAGGGGCUCUCUCUGAUAUGCCGGCUGUCCAGGCAUUUGCCAUGUACGCAGGGAUGAGCCUUCUGAUCAACUUUGUCCUGCAGAUGACCCUCUUUGUGGCUCUUUUCUCACUGGAUGUUGCCCGGGAGGAGGAUAGCCGUUUUGAUGUCUGCUGCUGCAUACGAAGAAGCAAAGUUGAAAUGGAUUCCGACACCAGAUUUUUACACAAGGUUUUCGAGACAACAUAUGCACCCUUCCUCAUGCGGCCCUGGGUUCGCGCAGUGGUGAUUGUGGUGUUCAUGUUUUGGCUGUGUUCCUCAGUGGCCAUGGUUCCUCACAUAGAAAUUGGAUUAGAGGAGGAGCUAUCUAUGCCAGACGAUUCAUAUGUUUUGAAGUAUUUUGAGUACCUGGAAAAGUAUGGAUGUGUAGGGGCCCCAGUCUAUUUUGUACUAAAACAUGGGUACAACUUCAGUGAUUAUGACAUGCAGAAUAAGAUAUGUUCGCAUCUGGGCUGUAAUAAAGAUUCGCUCUUAAUUCAGCUGAAAUUAGCUUCACAAAUUCCAAAUCGAACCUUCAUUGCCGUGCCAUCUUCUGCCUGGAUCGACGACUACUUUGAGUGGUCUCUGGAAGGGAAGUACUGCUGCCAGCUUUACGAUAAUGGCACCUUCUGCAGACGAGAGGCAGAGGAUGACUCCUAUAUCUUUGAAGAAGACAUAGACUAUAUAGAGAAACCAGAUAUUAUUGAUAAUACUGACAGUGGAGGUGAAGGAGUCAAAAACAGCACUAGUGAAGAUAACCCAGUGACUAAAAAACCCAGCAUAGACUACGGUGGACCAGAUUUUGACGUUGUGUACAAUGAUGACACCAACUACGACUACAAUUACGGAGACUUGGAUAUUGACUACUACUCUGGCGGAGACAAACCUGUUAAGAAGAAGGAGGAGAAGAAGGAACAGGGCAACAAAAAACCUGAGGAGAAGUAUGAAGAAGAUAUCUAUGACUACUCAUACACAUAUGGUGACCCAGACUUUGACUACGACGGCCUUAAGACCAAUAAGCAGGCUAAGCGCAAGCCACAGGAGCUGAAGGAGGCCCCAGUGACCAAGGUUCCUACAGGCGAGAGGCACCUGGACAACGGCUGGCCUGACUACAACCUGGAGACAACUUCGUCAAGUGAGAGGAAGGCAUCUGCAGCACGGACCUACCUGAGGAGACGUCGUAGUGUUAGGAAGGACUGCCACACAUGCCCCAUUACUCCUAUGCCCAACAACCCCUUCCGCCCUGACCCUGAGGUGUUUGGACAGUACCUGCCCAUGUUCCUGAAGGACAACCCUGAUCUCCAUUGCCCCAAGGCCGGUCAUGCAGCCUACGGCCAGAGUGUCAAAGUUCAUUACGAUGACUCAGGCAACCCAGUCACUGGAGCCAAUGUCUUCAUGACAUACCACACAGUCAUGCGCACGAGCCACCACUUUUAUGAAGCUCUUCGUGCAGCCAGGGCCAUCGCAGACAACAUUACUAGAACACUUAACCUGGUGGAGAAAGACGGAGUCUUGGUGCCAAGCGGAGAGACUAAAUAUGAAGUCUUCCCUUAUAGUGUGUUCUACGUAUUCUAUGAACAAUACCUCACCAUCUGGGAAGACACAGUGCGCAUGCUGGGCAUCUCCGUCAUUGCCAUCUUCUUCAUCACGCUCUUCAUGAUGGGCUUCGAUGUGUCGUCCUCCCUCAUCAUCAUGGUGAUGGUGGUGCUUAUCCUAACCAACAUGGGAGGCCUCAUGUACAUGUGGGGCAUCUCACUCAAUGCCAUCUCACUUGUCAACCUCAUUGUGGCCAUUGGCAUCUCUGUUGAGUUCUGCUCCCACACCACACGUGCCUUUGCCGUCAGUGAGGCCGAUACAAGAAUUGUGCGAGCCCAGGCCGCUCUGGUGCGUAUGGGGCCCUCCAUGCUGUCCGGUAUCACAUUGAGUGAUAUGGGCGUUGUUGUCCUGGCUUUCGCUAACUCAAAGAUUUUCCAGGUGUUUUACUUCAGAAUGUAUUUUGGAAUGGUGGUGAUUGGGGCACUUCAUGGCCUCAUCUUGUUACCCGUUCUUCUUAGUUUUGUUGGUCCUUCCCGAAAGGUCGUAAGAAGCAACAUGCCAGACCGCACAGCCAACCCCAGUGGAUCAGUCCAGAUGGAGGACAUGAUUGGGGAUGACCAGGAGAAGCAGUGCCUCACGUCCAAGCACACAGCCAGCAUCAACAAUAUCCCCAAGAGCAGCAUGAGCUCCAACAGCCUCAGUGGGGAUGCACCCUCCAGUAACAACAGCAACACAUGUAAGAAGAACGGCUUCAAGCACUCCCCAAAGAAGGGCAGCCACAUGUCACUGAAUCAUAACAGCGAUGACAUCGAAGACCGGAAUGCCAGAAACACCCCUUCACGACACUCCAGUGGCACACCCCUCCGGAACUCUGACUCCAUCUCUCGCUACUCUGACACACUCUCACGCCACUCCGACACGUUGACCCGGCACUCAACCUCCACUCCCUCCCACAAGACAGAGGCCAUCCCCUCCUGCCACUCAGACCCCCCUUCAUGCCACUCUGACACCCUCCCACGGCGCUCCAAAACGUCCUCACGGCACUCGCUUGCCAAGACGCCCGAGGAGCUAGAGAAGCUAGAUCAAUGAUGCUACGGAGGGUGUUAACUGGCUGUUUGUAAGUGUGGGUCUUGGUUGAAGAGUUAUUUUUUGAGAAUGACUCGAAGGGUGUACAGUUAGAUGUGGACUUUUUUCUCAUUAUCUCUCUAUUUUUUUUUUUUUUUUUUUUUUUUUUUUUAUAUAUCAUAUCAUAAAAGUGCUUCCUUGUAUAUUAUGCUAAAUGGUGAGCUUUAGGAAACAUUUGUGUUUUUUUUUCACUCUCUCACUUGCUAUUUGUUUUUUAUAUAAAUUUAUAUACAUUGUCACACAUUUAUAAUUGCACAUGUAAGUCAGUUUGUGUGUGCAUGUUGGUGUGUUUGUACAUAUGGAUAUUUGUAUUCAUGUAUGUAUGUGAGUAUGUGUUUGUGCAAACAUAUACAUAAAGAAAUGUAUGUAUGUACUAUUAUGUGUGAGGAUAUACAUAUACAAAGAAAACAUGCAUGUUUCCGGGCUCUAUAGAAAAAAGAAUAUACACAGAAGAUCGAAGUUGAGACUACGCAUUUUCAAACAUGUUGGGAUAAUUUGACAACCGUAGGAUAGGUGUGCAUCAAAGUUCACUUCCUAUGUGACUGUGGAAAAUAGUCCUUAUAUCAUUCCAUGAUAAGGCUUGAGAAAUAGCUGGAUGCCAGACACUAGAAACAUUGAUUGCAGGACAUUCCAGUCACUUGGCACUCAAAGUUACUUACUGAGAAAAAGUUGGUAAUGAAAAGCUUAAUUGUGGUCUAGAUUACUUUGUGUAGGAGGAUAUGUUUUGCUCAAGAUAAACUAGAUAAGGCCUUUUUUUUUCUUUCUGUUUUUUAAAAAAAAUCUGGAUAAUUGAAAAUUAUGUCCUGUGUUCCUAAGUUAAAAUGUUUUCGAGUGAGUAGAUUUAAAAAGAUGUAUAUUUUGGCUUUAAGUAGCUAUCUUGACCUACUCGCACUCAGUUUAAGCCAUGACAGAAGAUUUGAGGCCAGCGGUGAGAGGUAUUGAAACAUUGAGAGAGUAGGAUUUGUCUUUAAAAAUUUAAGAAUAAAAACACAAGGGAAAAUAAACUACAAAAAAAUGUAUAUGUAUAUAUUUAAAAGCAGGGGUCACUCAUGAUUGUCUUAUGUUAGUGUUAAUAAUGUAAUGCUGUGAUAUGUAAUUGCAGUUAGUCAGUUGGGAGGUAUGUAUUGCCAUACAUAGUUCCUGCAUUUUUCUUUUUAACGAAAUGUCCAGCAAGGACGUGAGAUUCAGAAAGAAAUAUUUGAUAAUUUUUCUUUUCUGUAACCCAGUGAGGAGGCUCCCAAAGAGCACUAUUUUUUAUGUAUUCUUUCUCCCCCAAAGACUGUAAUAUUUAAUGUAUGCAUCGGUUUAUGUGCUUGUCCAAUCAUCUUGUUUAUGUAUAUGUGUAGCUCAUGUUGAGCUUUCAUAGCCUGUAAUAGGGAAGGAAAGGCAAAACUGCAGACAGAAUGCACCAAUAUAUUGUACAAAUUGGUGUAGAAUGCUGAUUUUGUCUUUUUCAUAAGGUUAUACAAAGAAACCUAAUGAAAAUGGAAAUAACAAUUAAGUUUUGAUAUGACUAGAGAUAAUUUUUGUAGUUGUUAUUUGUUUCUUUGUUAUUGAUAGUUCUUCCUUUCCAUUUGCAUUUCAUUUCAUUCAUUUAUGUAGCGCUGGAAAUUGAAUGCCAAGUCUGACUCCACUUUAAUGACUCAGAUUUAGCAUGCAAUAAGGGUCUUAUAUAAUUUUUUUUAUGCUGAAAUAAAUUGCAAAGGACAAACAAAAAUGUGUUUCAGUAUUGGCAGUUGAAAUUUAAUUCAUAAACAUUCUUCUGUUGUACAUAUUGUUAAUUUUGGCACUGCUUGUGCCAUAACUAUUUUGCAAAAGAAUGAAUUUGAUAUCAGUUUCUUUUUUCUAAAUGUAAAAGCUGUAAUUGAGUCUUGCACGAUUACGUUCCAACAUCACUACUCGAUGUAGAUAGAGCACCUGGUUCAAGAGGCGCCUGCUGUAGUUGAGCUGGACCACUUGACCCACACCAGGAUAGGUGUUGCUGGACAACACAAGAACCCUGUUUUUUUGUAGCACACUUAACAGGUCCCUCUUGGAGUUGGUAAGCAACUUUGAAGGCGGGUCACGUUAAUCAUCAUUCACAGCCACUGCUUUCAAAGACCCAUUGUGUGUAUAAAUCAUUGUUUCAGAGCAUCAUCUGCCAUCCUCAUACCACUUUCGUGCCCGGGUGGCAAGACCUCUGCUUGCCCUGAUUGGAACUCUCUCCUACUCCCAACGGAGGUCUUCCCACUCCCUUGAAGAACACAUCUGAAGCACUUCUUGGUAGACAUAUCGCCUGGUCCAAGAACACUGAGAAUCUUUUUGUCAUUUUGUGUUCAUACGUGUGUGCAUGCAUGUGUAUGUGCUUAGAGAGAGAGUGAGUGUGUGCGUGCGCGCGUGCGUGUGUCUGUGUCUGUGUGUGUUUUUGUGUGUGUAUGUCUGUCUUUGUGCACAAGAGUACAAUCAUUUGCAUUCAUACAUGUAUGCAUUUGCAUCUCUCUCUCUCACACACACACACACACACACACACACACACACACACACACACACACACACACACACACACACACACACACACACACACACACACACACACAUAUAUACACUGUGUACACAUAUAUAAUUUUUCCUUAAGAAGUUUUCAGAUGUGUUGAUACUCUCAACAGUGCCUCAAAGAUGAAAUAUAUUUAUAGCAAAUGAGUCCUCUGUUAGGCUCAUUGUACCCAUUUAGAUUACAAUUUCUCUGCUUAAUACAGUCCAUGCAAUUUACGCAGUGUAGUUAUCGUGUAAAUGUAGUGUGGUAUGCGACCAAGAUAACGUGUUGGGUAGAGCAAAGAGCACUAGACUUGUGACUGCCUCGUCUGUAACAGAGUAAUGAUCCUGCGUUGGUAAUUCUAAUGGGCUAUAGGAUAUCUAAUGGAAAGCUCUGUGUUAAAAAAAAAAAAAAAAAAUGAUAAUAAUAAGAGCCAUUUUGUUGUCCAGGCAAUGUUAUUUUAUCAAUAUCAAAGAAAAGAAUUUAAUUUCUCCCAAUUGACUACAUUCAUACAAGCAUGUAGACAAUAUUAAAACCUUUUUCUAUGUAUGAUUAAGUCUAUUAAUUUGUGAAUUGAAUGAACACUGACCUGUAGGAUUUUCACUCAGAAGUUGCAGACAGACGUUAUUUUUCUAGAAUGUUUCACGACAAAUUGAAAUAAUUACUUGCUGCUUAUACUAGUGGAUCUGUGGCAUAGAAAAAGUUUUGAUGUCUCGCACGAGAACCUGUCAAGAUAAUAAAGAUACAAAAAGAUUUAAUAUUUCUUUUGACUGGACUGAGAUACUCAGUUUGUGCUUAGAAAGCAUUGGAUGAUAAAGAUAUUAUAUGAAGUGAAUCGGAACAAGAAUGUUAUGUUCUUGCAAGUAUAAUGUUUGUGUGUUUUGGAUAAGUGGUAUUGGCUUUUCUGUAAGAAUAAGAAUAGAGAAAGGAUAAAUGAAAUUUAAUAUGUUAUGUAAUUGGCUUGUUUUCUACAAAAGCCAUAGGAAUAUGUAGGUCUAGCAGCAAAGAUCGAUUAAGUUUUAACGUGAAGGUUAACUGUAUGGAAGAUGGUGUUAAGAUAUAGUAAUGUCAGUGUUAGCCAUAAUUUUGUUUCUGAACUAGAGCUGGGAUUUGAUCCAACCAAUGAGAUGCAUUCACUACACGUGUUAAGUAGUGGUGUUUAGGUUUGAUGUCAGAGGUGGAUAUGUGAAUAACAGAUACGCAGUAGUCCAAACAUAAGUACCCGUAUCUGUCUGUCUGUUUGACGUAAGAUGUAUGUCGUUCAGAGAGUCCUUUUUGUACGUUGUUUUAGCUGAAAGCUUUACAUUGGAAUUCACUCAGUGGUGAAAAAGAUAUAAAGAAUUGUCAGGCUAUUGAUGUAAUCUGGCAUAGUCCUGGAAAUACAGUUCCAGGGCAUUUUUAAUACAUUAAACAGUCCAGGUAGAUUUGCUGUUACUUAAUUCAUGUGAAAUGAAAAAAAAAAGAAAAAAAGGCAAAAGAAAAUGCUGUUCCGUAAUUAGUCCUAAUAUUAAGAGAUAAGUUUUGAUGCUGUAUUUUUGAUACAUAGUGGUGGCCAUUAAACAUGCUAUUGAAAUUCUUUUUUUCUGUUUUAAUUUUUUUUUUUUCUGUUCUUAGAUUAAUAUUGUAAGACUUAGAGCAUUUCAUUAUAUAAUCAUUACAUCACAUCACUUCACAGUGAAUGGUAAACAAACGCUUAUUAAAGGUCCCUAGCAUAUGAAGGUCUCCCCCUCUCAUACAGACCAAAUCAUGAUUAAAAUUGUAUUAUUAUUUAAAGGAAGAAAAAAUAAUUUCACUCAUCCCUUGAAAUGUUGAUAAGGAUAUGUAAUGAGAAGAGUAGAAAUAAAGUUUCUCUCGUGUUUUGAAUGUUGUCUCAAGAAAGGAACUCACCUGUGACAAGACUGAUAAACUUCUUAAAACAUGCAAUAGCUUAUUCCUAUUGUCGCAUUUUAAGGCAGAUGUAUUGUGAAUAUUUAUGCUUUUACAUGUGUUGGGAAACAAUUUGAAAUGAUGGGAAGAGAAGGGGAAAGCUGUAAGUGAUAUAUUUUCCAUUAUUUUAUUACUUAGUUCACACAAUAGUACUAGUUUGUGGCUAGAAUAUCUUCAUCACAACUCCCAGGCCUAAAUUUUUUCAUCGUUAGUCACGUUUAUAAAUUAGGCAUCAUAUGUUAGAAAUAAGUUCAGGGCUUUGGAUCAGUCUGAAUACUUUUUUCUCAAUAAAACAGUUGAAAAAAUGAA